AUGGACUCGGUUAUCAAUGCAGCGUUGGAAGAGAUAUGUGGUGGGUUCGAAGAUGGGCUCACUCUUGCAGCCCUAUGGGUCAAACUUCAAGGCUCACCCUCUCUUUCAUCCUCCAAUCUCCAUCUCAAUCCCACCGUCAAAAGAGCCGUAUGGAUGAACCUCCUUCGCAUUCCCUCUCUCCGUUUUGAACCACAACCCUUUUCGUCGGAAUUGGAGGAUGCUGAGAAGCUCAAUUUGAAGGUCUUUGCUCAACCGAGCCUCGUUGACAACUUUGUUGGUCUUUACGACUCGCAAUCUCUCCAACAUGCCCAAACGUGUGUCCUUCACCUUCUUGCUAAUGCUAGAGACAAUGGUAUCACUCAAGCGCAGCUUGCUAAACAGUUGCACAUUGAUCCCAAUAACUUCCACUAUGUGCUGAGGAGUCUUGAGUGUCAAGGCUUAAUUGUCAAGCGCUCUGCGGUUGAGAAGAAGAAACAAAUCUCCAGUCUCGGUGAAUCCAAAAGUUACCCAUGUGUAACUACCCAUUUAGUAUAUUUACGUCGCUAUGCGAAACAACUUGCCUCUCAUCAAAGAUUUGAGUUUGAAAUUACCAAAUUCAACUCCCCUGAUGAUGAGGAGGAGGAUGCAGAUGGAACUACGGUUCAAACAGAUGUUCAUCUUAAGGAUUAUACACCUCAAAUGAAAGCUAUUUGUGAAAAACUUGCAAAAGCCAAUGGCAAGGUUCUUCUUUUGUCGGAUAUUAAGAAAGAUCUUGGUUACUGUGGAUCGCGUCCAAAGCAAAGGGCUUGGAGACAAAUUUCUCAUAGGUUGAAAGCAGAUGGUAUUGUCCAGCAGUUUGAUGCUAAGGUGAAUGGCAAGAUUGAUGCUUGCCUGCGGCUUCUUGACCCAAUAACUGCUGGAUCUGGAAAUGAAGAUAAAAAGUUGAACUCUGGGAAAACGUGUCAAGUUAUUGAUCAGCUUGUGGAGCUUCCCAUUGAGCAUCAAAUUUUUGAUAUUAUUGAUGCUGCAGGAUCUUGUGGCAUUACUUUGAAGGAGAUAUGUGAGAGGCUUGGGAUUGAACUGAAAAAGAGCCACAUUCGACUUGUAAAUUUGUGCUAUAGGUUUGGAAUGAAAGUGAAGGAAGAACAGUGCCUAAAAUCUAAGACAAUUCGAGUUUGGACUUCUAAAAAUUUCAACCCUGAACCAGAAGUUGAACUUAUUUGCAAGCUUGAUGAAAAUAAAACUUUAAGCCAUGUGCCUGUCAAUUCAAAAAUAAUAUCUGAAUUUGUGGCUUCAACAAACAGUGGGGAACUUGCUGACCAUGAAAAGUUGGAAGAUAGAAGAGUUGGAGCAGAACUAUCAAGUGUAUCUCCAAGAAAUACUGAGUCAAACUUUGAAGAAACAUCAACGAACUUGCAAGGUUUGGUCCUUGAUCAAAGUGGUACGGUUUCUAACUGCAAAUUGGUCAGUUCAUCAGUGGAGACAAACAAUGCACCAUCAGUAGCAUUUCCAUCUGAUGUGUUGAGACCAGUCUCUACUGGAUCACAUCAAAGAUAUGCAAGUUUAUCUUUAAGUGUGGACAACAUUAGAAGGGCAAAUCGGAUACUUGAAAGACUAAAGGAUGAAAGUUUCGUUUUGAAACCUGAGCUAAAUAGGUGGCUUAAUAGCUUUGAGAAGGAUAAGCCUACAAAAGUGGACCGCAAGACUAUUGACCGAAUAUUAAGCAAACUGCAAGAACAACUGCAGGUCAAAUGCAUAACAGUACAUUCGCCUGUUAUUUCUGAAUAUUCCAGGACAAAAGAUUGUGUGGUAGUUGUGCGUCCGUCUAUAAGCCUAUCUCCUGAGUUAUUUGAUGAAAUUCAAGAUAGAGUACGAUCAUUUAAUAAUUAUAUUCGCAGCAAAAGUACUGCACAUCAAAAAAAUGAUGAACUGAUACCUGUAAUGGAGGAUAUUCAGAAAAAUCAAAGUUUUAUAGUUCCAGAUGGGCAGGUUAGUAAAGCAGAAGCCAUGCGGGUCAAUGGAUUUGUAUCGGCAAAAAUGGUUCGGGCAAAGCUGCUGCAUACUUAUAUUUGGGAUUGUCUGCAAAGGUCAACAAACCAUGUUGAUGCUUUAUCAUCUAAAAUAUGUGAAAACGAGGUAACUGAUACUCCUCAUAGUAGCAGCAAACUAUUUUCUCUAGAAGCAACUAUUAAAGAAAUGCCAGUUGAACUAUUCUUACAAGUGGUUGGGUCUACUAAAAGAUAUGAAGAAAUGAUCGAAAAGUGCAAGAUGGGUUUACGUCUCUCGGAUCUCCCUCUAGGGGAGUAUAAGUCUUUAAUGGAUGGUCAAGCUACUGGAAGGCUUUCAUUAGUAAUUGACAUUUUACGGCGAUUAAAGUUGACUGACGAUGGUGUUAAAGUUUUGAUUCGCAUGGUUACUGACUUCCAAUCUAUAGAUGGAGUCAAAACCCCUCAUACUCACACCAUGGAGCUUAGGCCAUAUAUUGAGGAACCCAUUUCAAAUGAUGCAGCGUCUUUAAAUUAUAAAUCUCUUGAUCUCCGACCAAGAGUCAGGCAUGAUUUUAUUCUCUCUAAUAGAGAUGCAGUUGAUGAAUAUUGGAAAACACUGGAGUAUUACUAUGCUACUGCUGAUCAAAAAGCUGCUUCAUAUGCAUUUCCUGGAUCUGUGGUCCAUGAGCUUUUCCGCUUCCGUUCAUGGGCAUCUACUCAUGUUAUGACAGCCAAACAACGUGCUGAGCUUUUAAAGCAUGUAAUGAAGGAUAAUGUCAGUGAAAAAAUUUCAUAUAGGGACUCUGAGAAGAUUGCAAAAGAUCUGAAUCUUACUAUGGAACAGCAUCGUCGCCAUUUUGUUAAUCAGUUCAAAGAUGAAGAGAAAGAGGAUAAUUCACCUGAAGGCCAGGGCAAUUCUUCUUCUCGUAGGAAAAACAAAUCCAUUGAUCUCAGGCCAGCAAAGCGUGCAAGAAUUGAUGCAGUAACUGAUGUCGUGGAUAUGCACUUUGAAGAAUCACAUAAUUUGGGUGUGCACUCAGGACAGUGUGCCACACAUAUGCAAGGAUUAGAGGAGAGUAUGCCUGAAGAUUGUAUCCCCCUCAUAAACCAGUGUGUCUUAAACAAAAUGAAGCCAACACGACAUAGGAGAUUUAUUUGGUCUGACAAAACUGACAGGCAGUUGGUGAUCCAAUAUGCUAAACACCGCGCAGUUCUUGGUGCCAAAUAUCAUCGUGUAAAUUGGACAUCAAUUUCUGAUCUUCCAACUUCUCCAAGCGCUUGUAUGAGAAGAAUGAAUUUGUUGAAUAUUAACUUGAGAUUUAGGAAAGCAGUAAAUAAACUCUGUAACAUACUCAGUGAACGAUAUGCAAAGCAUCUGGAGAAGUCCCAAAAUUUGUCAUUAAACUCAGAUGAAUGCAACCAUUUUGAGCGGUCCCAAUCCUUUGAAGGUAUCUACAAUAAUUAUGGUCCGGAUGUUGAAAUUCAAAUGAGAAGUCUACACAGAGAAGCUUGGGAUGACUUUGAGAACAAAAAUAUCAAGACAGCCCUUGAUGAGAUUCUUCGAUGCAAGAUGAUGGCUAAGCUGGAUGCCUCCUCCCAAAAUGGUCAAUUGCAAUAUGAAGGGUGCUCCAUUGCAAAUGAGAAUGCUGAUGGAUAUGAAUCUCGAGAAAAUGAAGAAAUUACAUCAGCUAUUGCUUGUGACAUUGUUCAAGGUCAGCAUGGGAAGCCCUGUUCAUUUUCUACCCGAAGAUCACGUCGGAGACGGCUUGAUAAAAAAUUUACUAGGUUUCUGAAUAAUAUGGCUAAUGUUUAUGGACAAGUAAAUGAAUCAUUGGCUAUUGCAAAUGCUGUAGAGCUAUUUAAACUUGUUUUCUUAAGCACCUCAAUCAGUCCUCAAGCACCAAAUUUACUAGCUGACAUUCUUCGGCGAUACUCAGAGCAUGAUCUGUUUGCUGCUUUUAACUAUCUUAGAGAGAAAAAAAUUAUGGUUGGUGGCACAGGCAGUGAACGUUUUGAACUUUCACAACAGUUCUUGCAAAGUGUUUCCAAGUCACCAUUUCCAUAUAAUACUGGAAAGCAAGCUGUUAAAUUUUCUAAGUGGCUAGAGGAAAGAUGUAAAGAUCUCACAGAACUGGGCACUGAUAUUGCUAAGGAUUUACAAUGUGGAGGCAUUUUUCAUUUGUUUGCUUUAGUCUCGUUGGGUGACAUUUCAAUUUUGCCAUGCCUACCAGAUAAUGGUGUUGGAGAGGCUGAAGAAUUGAGAAGUGCAAAGCGUAAAUCUGAUGUUACCGAGCCUGCAUAUGGUGAUAAAGCUAAAAAACCAAAAUCAUUGUUUGGAGUGGAAGGUGAAAUUAUUUCUCGUCGGGAAAAAGGUUUUCCUGGUAUCACCAUUUCUGCAUACCGAACAGCAAUUUCAAGAGCUGAUAUUAUAAAUUUGUUCAAGGGUAAUGAUAACUAUGGGCAACCUUUUGGAGGUGAUUUCCAAUUAAGCAUUGGCCAAAGCAGUAAUUAUUCUCAUUCUGACCGUAUAUUGGAAAUUGUUAACUCUUGUGACCCUAUACCUCUAGAAGAAAAUCAUAUUGAAUCACCCUGGGAAGCUAUGGCAGGCUAUACACGACGAUUGUUGUCAGAGUAUUCCAAUCAAGAACAUGCAUAUGGCAUUUGUGAUGAGGUGUUCAGGGUUGUUUAUGCUGCCAUCCAAAAGGCUGGUGACCAAGGAUUAAGCAUGGGAGAAAUUUCCAAGGUUAUAAAUCUUCCAGGAGCAGAGGUAGAUGACUUGAUUGUAGAUGCUCUUCAAGCAUUUGGGAAAACGUCAAAGGUCAAUGCUUAUGAUACUGUUCGCGUUGUUGAUGUCCUAUACCGUCACAAGUACUUUUUGAUAUCUGGGUCUGAUUUUCAUCAAUGUGUUGUGCAACCUUCCUCAACAAAAGCUACUAAGAAAAGUGAUCAUACAUGUGAGCUUUACAAAUCAAAUGAAAGGGAUACGUCUUCUGUUCAUACUGUGAGGGAAAGAAAGACUGUUAUUAAUAACGUGCACAGAGUGACAAUACUCAAUCUUCCACAUGAGGAUGUGAAUCUUGAAAAUCAAGCUUGUGGUUGGAAUGAAAGCUGUAAGAAAGACACACUUGACUUAUCCAGAGUCGAUCAUGAAAAAGAAACUCUCAAAUUUUCCUCGGGUGAGUCAUGUGUGCCAAUAUUACCAUGGAUCAAUGGAGACGGGACCAUCAACACCAUUGUUUACAGAGGACUUAGACGACGUGUUCUUGGGAUAGUGAUGCAAAACCCAGGGAUGUUGGAGGAUGAUAUUCUACAUCACAUGCACGUGUUGAAUCCACAGAACUGUAAAACUCUCUUGGAACUGAUGGUUCUCGAUAAACAUCUUAUUGUGAGGAAGAUGCAUCAAAAUGUUUUUGACGGGGGUCCCACCGUCCUUCAGAAUCUUAUUGGAAGCAAAUCCAGCCAACAGAAGUUGAUUUGCCGAGAGCAUUUUUUCACCAAUCCCAUGAGUAUAUCCUUGUUGUAG